AUGAUCAAAAUCUGGUCUCUCUUUGCAAUUGUGGCUCUUUUGCCACUUGUCAUGCCAAAUACACAUCACAAACCUAAAUCAUGCUAUGAAGUUAAACAAUUCCUUAAAGCUACUGAAAAUGGCUUUUUCACUCUUUAUGAUGCUAACGGUAACCCGUUCCGAAGUUUUUGCGAUUUCGAAUCAGAACCGCCUUUCGCUUGGACAUUAAUUGAAUCUAUGACUCUCGAAAAUGCUCAAAAAGCACAACAUAAUAAGGGCUUCAGUGUCAAUAUCCCAUUAGGCGAAUGUCAUACCUCUAUGUCUCUCUUUCGCCUUCCAUCCCAUCAUAUGUCUUCUGUUUUAUCUUCUUAUGGAUCCACACAUUAUCGUUCAACAUGCAAUUUCAAUAUCAUUGAAGGAACUGGUCUAGCUAAUCGUCGCGACUAUAUAAGAUUCUCGGCAUGUAGAGGUGCUUCUACUCUCAGUAAUAUAAACGGUGGCUGUGUAGAGGUAGAUUAUAUCAAUAUCAGAGGGCAAUCAUGUAGAAAGUGCCAGAUGCCAUUUUAUGCUUCUAGUUCACAUCAUCUUCAUAUCGAUCUUACUGCCGCAGUAAGCCAUUGUAGCAAAUUUGGCUUUACUAAUUUUGUGGCUAGUGAAGACGUGUUUGGCCACUAUAACUCUCAUAAUCCAACAUUUUCUUGUACUGCCAACAAAAAUUCAACUACUGCUUGGUGGAUAGGUGGGGCAUAUGCCGAGUAA